ACUCCUAAUAUCGUCGAUAGCAUCUCAUAGCUCGUUGCUACUUCUUCUUCGUCAUCACCGCAUUAAUCGCUACCUUGCCAGGUCACCACUCCCGCAAUAUCAACACACAAACUCAUUAGACAACAUGGUUGCCUUCACAUCUAUCGCCUUGACCGCCGCUUCUCUUCUCGGUCUCACAGCCGCCGUACCAGCGCAUCCAGUCCGGCCAACCGGAGUAGUCCACCGCGUCUUCGCCGGAUCCACAACCGCCAACGGUGGCCUACAUUUCGAGCCUGAAAACGUAGUCGCAGAACCUGGCGAUCUCAUGGAGUUCCACUUCCUCCCCAAGGCGCACACCUUCGUGCAGUCCUCGUUCGACAAGCCAUGCGAGCCUCUUGGCGGCGACAACUCCAUCUUCUCUGGCUUCAACUUCAACACCACCGCAGGUGAAGCACCAAACGUCUUCACCUUCACAGUGCAGGACAGGAACCCCAUCUGGUACUACUGCUCUCAGACGAAUGGCAAUCACUGCCAGAAAGGCAUGAGCGGUGUUAUCAACCAGAACUUCAACUCCGACAAGACGCUUGCAAAGUACAAAGAGAAUGCGGUCAAUACCGUCACCAAACAGCCUUCUGUUGACCCGCUUGCUUCUCAGGGUGGCUCGAUUGUGCCUCUGUGAGCACUUGGUGGAAUCAGCUGCAUGUAGCAUGGGCAGCGUGGCGAUUGCAUUUCAUGCUAAAGAUGGUCUCUUUCUGCACGGUCGUUGUUUUCGCAUUACAUAGUUGACUUCCUUUCUGCAUGGCAUCGGUGUUUUGGUUUCAGUCUUUUAUACGUGCCCUACGCAUUCUACACUACUACAGUAAUGAUAUUUCUAUUGUGUUACAAUUCUAUACUCCUCCGCGUCGGAUCAGCG